AUGGCUAUUCGCCAUGUCUGUCUCCAUGAAAUUGGAAUAAUUUUCUUGUUCCAGAUGAUGAUUACUUCUGUAAAACCACUCUCAUUUAAUUACCAACAGGGCUUUAAAUAUGAUAAUGUGAAACUAGAAGGAGAUGCUUCUUUGCUUUAUUCAUCCAUCCAACUGACUUCAACCUCAAGUUACGAAGACGAAACUUACAGUGUUGGGAGAGUGACAUGUUUUGAGCCAUUGCAACUAUGGGAAAAGACCUCAAGAAAACUCACUGAUUUCACUACCCAAUUUUCCUUUGUAAUUUUCUCUAAUAAGACUUAUUUUGGAGAUGGAUUGGCAUUUUUCUUUGCAGAUCCAAGACUUCCACUUUAUUACCAUAUAAGACAAGGAGGUGGUCUUGGUCUUGUGAAUGAUUACCAAAUAUUGAAUUCUAAUGGAUAUUCAUUUGUAGCAGUGGAGUUUGACACUCACCAAAAUGAUUGGGAUCCACCAGGCACUCAUGUAGGUAUAAAUUUCAAUUCUCUGAGGUCUAAUAUAACUAAACCAUGGUUUAUGGAUAUUAGAAAUAAGAAGGCUUAUCAUUGCAAAAUUGAGUAUAAUUCCAGUGCUCAUGAUUUGAAAGUUUCUUUCACUGAAAACAUAACCAAUGGUGAGCCUUCAUAUAGUCACCUCUCAUACAAUGUUGAUUUGAGAGAUUACCUACCUGAGAGGGUUAUUUUUGGUUUCUCAGCUGCUACAGGAUAUAUGUUUGAGAUGAAUAAAUUGCUGUCAUGGUCAUUCAAUUCAAGUUUAAAUCAAACAUCUCCAGUUGAAAGUCCUUCACCAGUUCCCAAUAUUAAAAUUAGCAUUAAAACUGAUAGCAAAGCAGGUAGUAUAUGGGUUGGGGUAGGAGUUGGUGUAGGCAUUGCAUCAAGUUUCCUUAUUUUAGGAUGGUUUUGUAUUUCAAUGUGGAAGAGAUCUAAAGGGAACAAAGAAGAUUCAAUUUUUGACCUGAAAAUGGAUGAUGAAUUCCAAAAGGGCACUGGACCUAAAAAGUUUUGCUAUAACAAAUUGGUGAGUGCAACAAAUAACUUUGCAGAAGCAGAAAAGAUAGGGCAAGGUGGUUUUGGUGGUGUUUAUAAAGGCUAUUUGAAAGAUAUAGAUACCAAUGUUGCUAUAAAGAGAAUAUCAAGAGAGUCUAAACAAGGGAUAAAGGAAUAUGCAACUGAAGUGAAGAUCAUUGGCCAGCUUAGACAUAGGAAUUUAGUACAACUAAUUGGUUGGUGUCACAAGAAAAGGGACUUCCUCCUUAUAUAUGAGUUCAUGCAAAAUGGUAGCUUAGAUUCUCAUCUAUACCGCGGAAAAAGCGUAUUGACAUGGCAAAUGAGGUACAACAUUGCUAUGGACUUGGCUUCAGCACUUUUGUACCUUCAUGAAGAAUGGGAACAAUGUGUGCUUCAUAGGGAUGUCAAAUCCAGCAACAUCAUGUUAGACAACAAUUUCAAUGCUAAGCUUGGGGAUUUCGGAUUGGCAAGGCUUGUGGAUCAUGAGAAAGGAUCACAAUCAGACACCACAAUCAUAGCUGGGACCAUGGGGUACAUAGCUCCUGAAUAUAUCACAACAGGGAAGGCUACAAAGGAAUCAGAUAUAUACAGCUUUGGCAUUGUUUCAUUGGAAUUAGCAAGUGGAAGAAAACCAGUUGAUCUUAAUGCCAAGGAGGAUCAAAUGGCUAUAUUUGAUUGGGUUUGGGAGCUUUAUAGAUUAGGAAGGUUGCUUGAAGUAGUAGACACAAAACUCGGGGGUGCAUUUGAUGAGGAACAAAUGGAACGUUUAGUGGUUAUUGGUCUUUGGUGUGCCAAUCCAAAUUAUUCAUUUAGGCCAUCUGUAAGACAAGUGAUUCAGGUGCUUAAACUUGAAGCUCCUUUACCAAUUCUCCCGCCUCCCAUUAAGAGCCCAAAUCCUGAUCCAGAUUCUUCUGCCUCGGUGGCUUACACUUCGUAA